UUCUGUCGGAUAAGGUCGACUGUGGCACAAGGGUUUAACUUGUGGCGAGUGUAUGGAAUCAAGAGGACAAAAGGUCUUGUAAUUCGUGGCUCUGUUAAUACGCAUCGUUGAAAGUUAAUAUCAUAUGCACUGCUGAAUUGAGUCUUGACAUAUCGACGAGCUAGCUAGUUAUUCCUGGAAACAUGUCCACCCUUGUUUCACGCACGGUGACUAAAUUACUCUCCAGACAAUGUCCAACAUGCCCAUUGACAAGAUUUGAUGCUCAUCUCAGAUAUAGCCAUUGGUUUCCCUCAGUCAUGGCCCUUAAGACGUCUCCCCCUUUAAGAGCAGAGCCCACAAAGAAGAAAAAAGUAGACCCAAAGCGCGAGCAACAAAGGAAAGAGCGCCUGAGGAAGAAGAUCAAGAGACUGGAGAAAGUCCCCCCUGAGCUCAUACCUAUCGAUGACUUCAUCACUCCAGUCAGAUACCGCGAUGAAACCAGGGUUCGUACUCCACCACAGCUGCCGUUUGAAGAGAGGGAGCGCAGGGCUCUGCUCCUGAAAGAGUGGUCCAGGUACAAGCAGUCUCAACACGAGGCUGAAAUGGAGGCCAUCACCCAGGCUUUGGAGGCCCAGAGGGAGGCCCUGGAGGAGCUGAAGCUGGAGUCAGAGGAGCUGUACUGCGCUGCACUCAAACCAGACCCAUUACUCCUGCCUCUCCAUCAACAAGGGCCGAGCUACACCCCCCCCAAACACAGCUAUGAGCCACCCGAAGGCAAAUACAAUGACAUCACCAAAGUCCACGUCCAAUAGGGAACACUGACACUCUUCUGCAUUUAUGUGACCUUUUUUACAGCACAAACAGCAUUGAGACCUACAUUACAUUCCCAGACAUAUUCAGCCCACUUUGAAGAAACCUUUGAGGUUGCAGAAACAUGUGGUUGAAGCUGCAAAUGAAUGCCUGCAGAAGGCUCAAUAGCGUAGGAAGGUUUCAAAGGUGCUCAACAGUGCAAGCCAAAGCUUAACAACGUAUACUCAUCCUUACUGUUCAAGGUGUUCAUUUUGAUUCAGUAAAAAAAAAUGUGACUGUCUCAAAUUUGAGAGUAAGGGUAAAAUUAAGGAUGCCCGUUUAAAUUGUAUUUAUUGUUUUGUAUGAUGUAAAACGCACUGUACACAAGGAGUCUUGUGAAAUAAAGAGCCAUAUAUCCUGCAACAAUAA